AUGUCACGGACAGUUGAGAGGUGCCACGGCGAUUUGCAGGAACCUAUUAAGCAGAGGAAGCUCCCUCCGAGAUCUCAGUGCAUUAUUGUUGUCAAUCUUCCGAAGGCUGAGGCCACCACCACCAAGGAUCGCUUGAACCACGACCUGCAGCUGCUGAGGUUGAACAUGAUUACCUUGUUUGAUGACGACGAGGUGGAACCAGCAGCAUCAGUCAGAGUAAAAGCGGCAUUCAGGCUUGGAAAACCCCGGAAGGAUAAUAAUCCACGUCUGCUGCAAUUGGUUCUUCGGGUAGAAAGCGAGGCCAAAGAGAUACUCCAGCAGACCCACAAGCUGAAAGAAACUCCGGUUUGGUUCCUCAGUGAUCUUGAUCCGCACCAGCGCAGUAAACUGAAAACUGCAUUGGAAGAACUCAGCGAGCGCCGUGCAAAAGGGGAAACUGAUCUGUGUAUACGCCACCGAACACACGCUAUGGGCCCGCCGUGGUUUGAUCGAGAACUGCAGGCGUGCCUCCGGCAGCGGAAUAAAGCCUGGUCCAGGUACUAUGCAACAGGCUCAGGCUAUGAGGAAUAUCGAUGUAUUCGGAAUAAUUAUACUGCACUGAAACAAUGCAAGAGAACCAGAUUCGAGGAACGACUUGCAGUGGAUUCGGUACAGGCACCAGAGCGAGUGUAUGCCUACCUCAGCCGAAGAAUCAGAGCAACACCUGGUCUCCCAACUCUCGGGACACUGGCCGAAAAAGAUGAGGACAAAGCGGAGAUGUUGGCAUCACAUUACGCCUCAGUGUACACCCCAGACUCCAGGACAUUGGCACAUCCACUAGACACUGACACUCAAUUUGCCAUCAGAGACGUGGCCCUGGUGCUGCGUCGGUUAAAGAUUCACCAGUCACCUGGACCUGAUGGUGUGCAUUCGCUUAUCCUCAGGGAGCUGGCAGAUGAACUUGCAGUGCUACUGUGCAACCUAUUCAAUUUGUCAUUUGGUCAAGGGCGCUUACCGCGGCAGUGGAAGGAUACUGUCAUUGUUCCACCACUCAAAGGCCUUCGACAAGGUGCCGCACGACCGUCUUCUGCGAAAGCUGUCCAACCGAAGUGUAGGUGUGGUCCUACUGAAUUUGUUGCGAGACUUCCUCAUCGACCGGAAAUUCUGCGUCCGUGUUGGCAAAUCGCUAUCUGCGUGGUAUUCCGCUCCAAGUGGGGUCCCCAGGGCUCGGUUCUUGGUCCAUUUGUGGUUUAUGUGAACGAUCUGCCCGGUCAACUGUGCAGCCUAUCCCUCAUGUAUGUGAAUGACAUCAAAAUCUGGGGUACAAUCGAGGGUGCGGAGGAUCGAAAUACUCCUCAAGAGGAUUUCAACAACCUGGUCCACUGGGCGGAUACCUGGGCUCUUCCAGUCAACACCGCAAAACUCACCAAGGCGGUAGUCUAUUGUGAAGGUCAUAAGAAACGUAAUCGAAUCCAAACCCGAAUGUUUACCGUUCUGUUCCGGAAUAUGGCCGAUACGUAG